AUGGGAAUCUUGGAAAGUAUUGAGAGAGAGGAGGCAGCAGAUUUGAUUCAAAGAUAUGGUGGAAAAGUUACCCACUCAGUUAGCAAGAAAAAGAGUUAUGUUGUCAUGGGAUGAGAUCCUGGGGAGAGUAAACUUUCCAAGGUACAUUUUAAUGUACAGCUCAAAAGAGGAAAAAAAAAAGGAACUGUGAACGUAAACAUAUAAGCUGCACUUUUUUCCCUAAAUUUUUAUAAUAAAUCCGGGUGUGGCUUACAGCUAAAACACCUGGGAAACUUGCCACAAAUUUGCAUAAAUUAACACAAUUCAUUGACAAUUUGUAAGUCUGUAGAGCAAACUAACAAGAGCUGAAAAAUUCACCAUGGUAGAAAUUUAUCAUUUUCUUUUGUUGUGGCUUCUAAAAGAGUUUUUUUCCAUGAGCAUAAACUUAUAUUUCUUUUUUGUUUGUUUUUUUUUACUUUGGUGCUUAUCUGUCAGGCUAAGGAAUGUGGAACAUCACAAAUAGAUGAAGAUGGUCUGUUUGAGCUUGUCAGAACAAAACCAGGCAAGAAGACCAGCUAUGAAUCACCAAGUGUGGAGAAGAAGAAGAAGAAGAAGAAGGAGAAAGCUGAACCAAUGGAGUCCCUCAGCCAGGGAAAAGAUCAGUUUGAAGGUGAUUUGUCACAACUGAGUGAAAGAUCUGUAUCAUCUCCAACAACACAAACACCAUCAUCAUCACUUGCACUGAAAGCUGGGUGUUUCAAACCUUUCCAACAAUUAGCACAAGAGUAUGACUUCACUGAAAAUUUAAUUCACACUUCAGCUGUAUGCCUUAAAUUAUUUCCUCACCAGUAAGCAUCCUACAUGUACUGUCUGAUGAUUACACUUAGUGAAUAUAAUUUCUCUUGUUUGCAUCCAGGUACUGUACGUGACUUUGUAUUAAAAAUACUGAUAACAUAAAAAUACAUGCAUAUGUAUGUGAUAUCCAUGUACCAGUAAAAUGUCAUAGCAGCCAUAGGCUAUUGUGCAACUGAGAACAUAAUUUGUUCAUCCUCAUUUCCCUUCUUCCAUCUACUUAAUUUAUGGUGUCAUUCAGAUUGUCUGUCUGUCUGUCUGUCUGUCUGUCUGUCUGCUCUUUUGUUUAUGUUCAUUCUUCCAAUAACUGUCCUUCUAUCUGUCACUUAUUCUCCUUGUUCUCCUCUGUCCAGUCACCCACCUGUCAGUUUUACCACUACUCUAAAUUCCACUUUUAGGUUCACCUGUUGGAUCAUUCUACUGUACUUCCACCUGUAGACUUGUUUGUGUUACUUAAAUUGAGUUACAAGAAAGUACAUUUGUUUUGUUUUUUGUUGCUUUAUUUUUUUAAUCUACAUAAGAUUUUGACAGUAAAGGUAAUUUUUUGUGUGUGUUUGCAGGAGAAGCAAAUCUGUUAUGGGUAGACAAAUAUCAACCUCGUGCAGUGAAGCAGAUUAUUGGUCAGCAGGGUGAUAAGAGCAAAAUGAGAAAGCUGAUGAACUGGCUGAGAGACUGGGAAAAGAAUAGAAAGAAACCAGCCUCUAAAUGUGAGUACACGUGUAUUUGAUUGUCAGGAUGCUUUUCCCUCAAAUACAUGAACAUGUAACUUCUCUUCAGGCAAGUAUGCAAACGGUUCAGGCAAACUGUCGGAGAAAGCAGAUGAAAAAGUUUGGAUUGUAACCAGAUAGAGGAACCAUUCUAGUGGGGGAAUAAUAAUUCUCCUAGUCACCUGAUGCUACUGAAAUUAUUUUAAGCUUUGGCAAGAUUAGUCCUCUGGCUCUUGUGCUGACUUUACCUUUGACCCUUUAACUCCCAUAAGUGACCAAGAGAGGAUUUCUCCUUACAAUAUCGAGCAGGCAAGUUAUGAGAAUUAAAAAAAAACAUUAAGUAGGGGAUUAUUAGUUGAUACAAUACCAAAUUAUCCAAAUCAUAAGAAUUUGAUGGCAGACAGUAAGAAGUACUAGGGAGCUAUUUGGAGUAAAAGGGUUCAGUGGAUGAACCUAACCUUAAUCUACAGAUACAGAUUACAGAAGACCUUAAAUUGAGUUGUGAUGCAAAUGUUGUCUAGCUGUAGGCUGAAUACCUUUCACACUGAAUCCAGAUUGUUUCUUAAUUCCCACAUUCAGAGAUACAUUUUUUAAAGAGCUGUAACUCGUGGACUUUGAUGAAUUUAUUUCACUCGACAGUCACUUAUACAUGUAGUUAGUAUGUUAGUAAUGGAAUCACAAUUGUAAGCAAUUUUAUUUUGUACAGCUUCCUUUUUCAACAAAGACCAAGAUGGGUCUUCUAAGGCAGCUCUUCUGUCCGGUCUCCCAGGAGUUGGUAAAACCACAUCAGCGACACUGGUUUGUGAAGAGCUUGGUUUUAUGUACAUUAAAAUGAAUGCCAGUGACACACGGAGCAAAAAGACCUUGGAAUAA